GGCCAAACGAGCAACAUCAUCUUAACAACCUCACAGCAUGUAAAUUAUUCUUUCGACAUUACCUAUACAUUUGUCCCUGAACGAACACGACAACAGCCCACGUAGUCGGGUCUGCAAUAAGUUCCCCUUCGCAGCGGCUCUUUUUGACGCAAGACCACAUUCUUUCCAAGGAUGAAUUCGUCUUAGUAACAGCCUUCAGUUCUCCAUAUCGAAUCUCCCCAUGUCGAUGCUUAUUGCUGUAGCACAUCCAUUUUGAUCGUCCUAUUAAGAUGCCAUGGCCGUGGCGCGAUCGCGAAACGGAAGGCGAGACGCUUCUUCCAUUAUCAGUCCCCGCCAUCAACGGCGUAGAUCGCGAUUAUGACUUCACUAGCAACGGAGCUAUCGAUCGCUCGAGAUCUCCAUCUCGCCCUGGCCAUGUCCGAACGACUUCAACCCAGUCGCGGUCGGUAGCCGAUGGAUACGCCGCAAUGACCCCCGCCGAGACAGCUACACGCUUACGAACUUCGUUAACACAUGGACUCGCCCCAGGAGAAGCACUUUCUCGAUUGCGUGACUUUGGCCCUAACGAGAUCAUACACGAUGAACCAGAUCCCCUGUGGCUCCGCUUUCUCAUGCAGUUCCGAGAGCCGCUCAUCUUGCUCCUCCUUGUCUCGGCAUUUCUAUCCAUCUUCGUUGGGAAUAUGGACGAUGCAGUCAGUAUUACUGUCGCGGUAACAAUUGUCGUUACGGUAGGGUUUGUGCAAGAAUACCGUUCAGAAAAGUCAAUAGAAGCCCUUAAUCACUUAAUACCAAAUCAUGCUCAUUUGGUCCGCGCACAAAGCUCCAAGGUUCCUCCCAACGCGAGAAGCUCGACAUGGCCACCUGUCGGGGAUGGACAAGACAGUGGUGAUGACACCGAAACGCCAGGAGAAGAACAGAUGGAAGCGACAUCAUCGAAAGUGAUGGCCGCCCAGUUGGUACCUGGAGAUUUGGUUCUGUUCACUACUGGCGAUCGUAUACCAGCCGAUAUUCGAAUAACGAAAGCAGUUGACCUGACAAUUGAUGAGUCGAACCUUACCGGAGAAAACGAGCCUUCGAAGAUGACAGCGGACACAAGAUCUCGCCAUACCUAUUCACCGUCGAUUCCUGACUCGAAUGAGUUACGUCACCCGAGUCCUUCGGUUCUUUCUCCUUUAUACCAGAGCGAAUCGAAGAAGGAUGCGCGCAAUCAGGGUGUAAACAACAUCGCAUACAUGGGAACGCUUGUCAGAUCUGGCCACGGACAAGGCAUUGUGUUUGCAACGGGUGGUGAAACUCAUUUUGGUACGAUUGCCGCGAGUGUGUCCGGUACUGAGAGCCCGCGUUCACCUCUCCAACUGAAUAUGGAUCAGUUGGGGAAACAAUUGAGCCAAAUAUCGUUUGGAAUUAUUGCGCUUAUCUCACUGGUUGGUUUAUUGCAAGGGAAAAAGCUCCUCGACCUUUUCACUAUCUCCAUUUCCCUGGCUGUAGCUGCCAUUCCUGAAGGACUCCCUAUCAUUGUGACUGUCACCCUAGCACUCGGCGUUCACCGGAUGGCUAAGCACAAUGCCAUUGUUCGAAAGAUGCCGAGUGUUGAAACGCUGGGCUCUGUCAACGUGGUUUGUUCCGACAAGACAGGAACAUUGACCAUGAAUCACAUGACAACUACGCAAAUGUGGUAUUUUGGGUCAAGAGGGCCAUUGGAUGUCGAUUCUGAUGACGUAGCAACCGAAACAACCCCGGAUGUUGCGGCGUUACAAAUACUCCGUAUUGGUAACAUAGCUAAUAAUGCGCGCCUAGCUCAUAGCACACAAUCUAUACUUCCUGACACCCAGAGGAAAGAUUUCACGUCUUAUACGCGAUGGGUAGGACAGCCGACAGAUAUCGCUAUACUUGAUCUUCUCGACAGGUACAAAGAGCACGAUGUGAGGGAGUCUAUUGGACCGCGGACCGCGGAAAUGCCAUUUAGCUCUGAGCGCAAGUGGAUGGGCGUUAUAAUUGGAGCGCAACCUGGAAACAGCGAGAAGGAAUACGCUUACAUGAAGGGGGCAAUCGAUAAGGUCUUAGAUGCCUGCGAUUCAUAUCUUACACCAGACGGCCGUGAAGUUGUUAUGGAUUCUCAACGACGCCAAGAAGCCAUUCAGGCAGCGGAGACCAUGGCGGAGAAGGGGCUACGUGUUUUAGCUUUUGCAAGCGGUCCUAUCAAUAGGUCAACACGCAGCAGGGGCGGACCAGGUCCAGUCUCCAGAAGCAGUACACCCGUUGUUCGAGAUGGAAAUCAGAACCCAUCCCCGUCUCACGACGAGGAAUUAUAUCGAGGUCUAGUUUUCGCCGGCCUAGUGGGCAUGAGUGACCCUCCAAGGCCAGGUGUGGCCCGCUCGAUUCGAAAGCUCAUGCGUGGUGGUGUUAAGGUCAUUAUGAUCACGGGUGAUUCGCCCACUACCGCACGAGCUAUAGGGAAACAGCUUGGCAUGCAUAUCGCGACAUCUCGGGAACAAACAACAAACCAGACAGCCAUAAAACCCGUGAUCACGGGCGACGAGGUAGAUAACAUGACUGACGACGAACUAGGGGCGGCAAUGCAAGCAACAACCAUCUUUGCACGUACGAACCCGGACCACAAGUUAAAGAUUAUCCGUGCACUGCAGGCGCGAGGCGAUAUUGUGGCCAUGACUGGCGAUGGUGUAAAUGAUGCGCCUGCGUUAAAACGAGCGGAUAUCGGCAUAUCUAUGGGAAUGCAUGGCACUGACGUCGCCAAAGAAGCAUCUGACAUGAUUCUUACAGAUGAUGACUUUUCUACCAUCUUGCAUGCCAUUGAGGAGGGUAAAGGCAUCUUUAAUAACAUACAGAACUUUAUAACAUUUCAAUUGAGCACGAGCGUGGCGAGCCUUACACUUGUGUUACUCUGCACUUGCCUGGGAUUCAAGACGCCCCUGAAUGCCAUGCAGAUUCUCUGGAUCAAUAUCAUAAUGGAUGGCCCCCCAGCUCAAUCUCUCGGUGUAGAGAAGGUUGACCCUGAUGUUAUGUCCCGUCCGCCUCGCUCACGUAGCGAGCCGGUACUGACUCGAUCAUUAAUUACACGUGUUCUAACGUCUGCCGCAAUCAUCAUGACAGGCACGAUGCUCGUUUAUUAUCACGAGAUGUUGGCGGACGGUGAAGUUACGCGACGUGAUACAACCAUGACCUUUACCUGUUUUGUACUUUUCGACAUGUUCAACGCACUUUCAUGCCGGUCAGAGAGCAAGUCCAUCUUCCGGGGCGAGGUCGGCAUGUUUUCCAAUAAGCUCUUUAACUGGGCCGUGGCAUUGAGUCUAGCGGGCCAAUUGCUCGUUAUCUAUUUCCCUUGGCUCCAAGAGGUCUUCCAGACAGAGGCCCUCAGUCUUAUCGAUCUCGUACGCUUGGUAGCAUUAGCAAGCUCGGUGUUUUGGGCAGAUGAAGCUAGGAAAUGGUACAGGUACGGGCGGAAACGGCUCGGCGGCGGCUACAGUCUUGCAGUAUAGAAAGCAAGCUACUCGCUUUUCCCUUGAUCUUGUAUGUUGUUACAUGGAUUGGAGUCAAAAGAAUAUCCCAGCAUGUAUUUUUGAUACUGUCUCUAUACUUACUGUACAAGUUAUUCACCAUUCAGCCGCUCCAUUGGGUCUCCACCGGCGUUGGGGUCGUCUGAGGUCGGAUCGAGAGGCGAAAAUACAUAUAGACAGAUAAAUAUACGUACAUGUACCAGUUCAA